CGGGAGGGUCGCUUACGCGCGGGUAGCGCCGCCAACCCCGAUGGCCAGGCUGGGAUCUGAGCUCCUGCUCUGGCUCCUGGUCCCGCUGCUCCUGCGGGCAGCGCCGGUCCCUGACGAUGUUCACUACCUCACCAGUGACAUCACCAUCACUCCUCGCAGCAGAACUGGAGAAUCAUAUAGUGUUAAAAUGCAGUUGGAUGGAAAGGAUAUUACAGCCAGCUCCUGUGUGACAGAGCUGAAGGCGUCUAUGGAAGAUAUGGCUAGUGAGACCAAAAAGCCACUCCUUGAAACUGAUCCAAAGCAUUAUGGAACAAGUUACCUUUUCUCCCUGCAGUGUCAGAGCGAAGCCAAUGGAAGCAUUCAUGGAAAUUUGACAUUUGGCUUCGCUGAAAAGAUCUACCUCAAUCGUUACAUGAGGGAGAAACACUGGAGAAUGGUUGAUCCUGUGGGCAGAGAAUUAAUGAAGAUACUGAGCAAAGACAAGCAUUUGAGUAUGACAUACGAGAAGAUCUUAAGUGAACACUGUAAUGCCUUGUCUGAAUUGGUAAACUGUGAAAAGACAACGACAAAAGCCCUGCCAACCAAUCCAUCAUGUCAGGAAGCUAUGUCCAAGACCACAGUCCCAGGUGGGACAGUUAUUGACAACAGCACGGCUCUAGGAGGAGCAAUUCCUUCUAAACCCGAAACCUUGAAUCUCAAUUCUUGGAUCUUCAUUGUGCCCGCAUUGGUCAUGAUUGUCUUCCAGUACUGCGUCAUUUAGAGUGACAGAGAUUUUGCCAUGCAGCUCCAGAGAGUAUGGUCUCCAACAACCGUUCCUUUGGUGGGGCUCCAUCCCCAUCUUGACCAUGAAGACUUUCCAUCCUAGCAGAUGUUUUCACCUCUGGGAGAUGUGGAUGGCCUAACUAAUGUAGCAUCUCAUGCACUUGAUUCCUUUGUCCUCGAUUCCCCUCCCUUCCACCACCUCCU